UCUCGGCUGAUGCUUCAUAUGACGCUUGCCUUAAUUCUAGUCUUUUUCUCAGGGCGCCCUCCCGGAGCCUGGACCUGCACUUUUAUUAUCUUUCCCUUUUUCAUUUUUUUACACGUUAAUUUUUCAAUUCGUUGUUUUUCUACUAAACAUUUCGCUGUUUUUUUAGAGAAAACACGGAGAAAAAUCCAAAGUAGACUAAUUAUUUUUCGUAACCUAACCUAAUGGAUUAGUCUCUCCGUGAGAACUGGGUUCUUCCACCUGGCUCCGUAAACCCUGAUACUGACAGACUGGGCGUCGAGGGAGGAAACGCUCACUGUUUGUGCUGGAUUACUGGUUCUCUUUUGCUUUUUCUGAUAUUUCUUUCUUGUUUUUUUCCACUGGACGACAUAAGCUGAGUCAUGUCCUUCCGGAGGGGUGUAGUGAGGCAAAGUAAGUUCCGGCAUGUGUUUGCCCAGGCGUGGAAGGCAGAGCAUUGCCUGGAUGAUGUCAGAGUAACACGUGUCACAUGGGAGGGACCACUUUGCGCAGCCAAUCCGAAGUUCAUAGCUGUUAUUGUUGAGGCUGGAGGGGGUGGAGCCUUUCUCGUGUUACCACUCACCAAGAGUGGCAGAGUGGACCAGUCCACUCCAACUGUGUGUGGACAUGCUGCUCCUGUGCUGGACAUUCAGUGGUGUCCACACGAUGACAAUGUCAUUGCUAGUGCCUCAGAAGACUGUACUGUAAAGAUAUGGCAGAUUCCUGAUGGAGGUCUCACAGCACCGAUGACUGAAGCUGCAGUAAAUCUAGAAGGUCACAGUAAAAGAGUGGGCAUUGUGGCCUGGCACCCUACUGCUCUUAACAUCCUGCUGACUGCAGGGUGUGAUAACCUCUUGUGCGUGUGGGAUGUUGGCACGGGUGAGCUGGUGUACCAGCUGAGUGAUGCCCACCCAGACCUGAUCUACAGUGUGAGCUGGAACAGAGAGGGCAGUGUGAUCUGCACCACCUGCAAGGACAAAGCUCUGCGUGUGAUUGACCCCCGACGUGGAACUGUCCUUAAGGUGCGGGAAAAGGCCCAUGAGGGCACCAGACCAAUGAGGGCCGUCUUCCUGGCUGAUGGGAAAAUCUUGACCACUGGCUUCAGCCGCAUGAGUGAGAGACAGCUAGCCCUGUGGGACACAAAAGAUCUCUCUGAGCCAAUGGCUGUUCAGGAAAUGGACACCAGUAAUGGAGUUUUACUUCCUUUCUACGACCCAGACACGAACAUGGUCUACCUGUGUGGAAAGGGGGACUGCACCAUUCGUUACUUUGAGGUGACGGAUGAAUCACCCUACGUCCAUUUCCUCAGUCUGUAUAGCAGUAAGGAGCCUCAGAGGGGGGCUGGCUUCCUCAGUAAGAGAGGUGUGGAUGUGAACAAGUGUGAGAUAGCCAGAUUCUAUAAGCUCCAUGAGAGGAAGGUUGAGCCGAUCUCCAUGACUGUACCGAGAAAGUCAGACCUGUUCCAGGGGGAUUUGUAUCCAGACACAGCAGGAUUAGAGCCCUCCCUUCUGGCUGAAGACUGGAUAGCAGGGCAGGAUGCUCCCCCACUCUUAGUCUCUCUGAGUGGAGGCUACACCGCUCCUCCUUCUAAAUCAAACACGCUCCGUGGUAGACCAAAACUACUGCCUCAGACCAACUCAUCUACUGCCUCCACUGCUUCCAGUGCUGCUGCCAGCAGAGAGAUGGAGAGUGAAGCAAUGGAGCAGGUGCAAGUUGGGAGGGAAACUGAGGGAGGGGUGGAGAGAGUGAGAAAAGAGGAUGACCAGCUAUCUGACAUUCUGACAGAAAUCCGUGCUCUUCGAGCUCUAGUGUUAGCUCAGGGGCACAGGAUCGAUGUGCUGGAGAGACAGGUCGCCCGAAUUGAGGACGGAGAUGUGUGAGAUACAUGACUGCACACGCACCCCGACAGACCCAUAGCCUUACCCUUAUAGCUUUACAUCACCGCAAAGGACCAUGGGAAGUGCAGUCUAACAGUUGAAGCGUAAUGUUAAAAAGAUUGAGCAUGGAAAUUCUAUGCCCUGUUUAGAAGUAUUACACAAGAGAAGAAAACUGAUUAUGUUGAUGAAAUGAAACCUCAUGGCUCGUACUGUGCACUUCAAAGAGCUUUUACAUCAGGUACUGAUUAUUGCUGCUAAUUAUAAACACACAAUCAAAUUUAGGAAUGAUUUUUGCUUUAGUCAGAGUUUUUUGGUGGUUAGCAUUUGGGCAUGUAGCUACCCAGUGCAAAAUGUCUGAAAGAUAAGAGCCUCUGAGGGGAAUAGCGCAAAAAAAAUCUGCGUACUGUUAACUAGACCUGAUGGUAACGAUGCAUAUUUGAAUACUUUGGUCAUCACUGUUUAAUUCUUCUUUUCCACUACCAGCUAACUGGAUGGUGUAAGUCUUAACAAGUGUAGCUCUUUUUUACAUGUGUUGUGUGGCUAAUUUACUUCAUUUUGUACCAAUAGAAACCAUGUUUUGUGUAGUCCUGUGAUCUGUCAGUAUGAAUGCUUAAAGAGAAUUUAGAGUAUUUAGCAGUCAGGAUUGUUGUGAACUAAAAUACUGGUUCCACUGAUGCAGACUCUCUGCCUGCAUGAAUGAAUAGCGCUUCAUUCUUGGUAGAUUCUAAAUGGAUAACAGUAGGGCUAUGAUAGUUCUUCUCUUGCUUUUCUUCUUACUUUAUACUUCUUCUCUCUCUUUUUUAUUUUCACAUACAGUAUCUUUACGUGCAUUACAAUCAGGGAUGUUGGUUUACUCAUCCUCAUUUGUUAACUUCUUUGUUUACACCUAACUUUUUGCUGUAUGUCUUAUAAAGUAACAAGUGUUUUCUUGCAAUUCUGUAAGCGAUGACUAGAUUUUAAAUAAAAGCCAGAAGUGUACUAACCACUGACA